AUGGCUUCUCCUUCGAGAAUCCCAUCUGAACAGCCUCCUAGGUCUGCUUCGCCCUCGAGCUUCCGACCUCGAUCGAUUUCCGCUUCGGUCCCUCGAGCUGAUUUGACAGCGCGUCUUGCUUCUCCCAUCCCGUCACAACUACUUGGAACUACACCUCCCAGAGGAGGCUCGCCACGGCCCGAUGCAGCCCCACGUGCCGAGAAUCUCGAGGAUUUGUCCCAGUUGCCUGGAAGCGGGACUAGCGCCCAAGGCCCCGGUGUAUCUGCUCUCGCUGCUGCACUCUCCAACUCUCUAGGCCAGUCUCCUCCGCGACAUGGCACUCCCGCAGCUCGCGUUGCUACUCCUCCGAUUCGCUCACAGUCUCCUCUGCUCGGCGGUCGAAAUUCGGGGACGCCGACCAACUAUGGCUCUUUCAAUUCACGGUCACAAAAUGCGCUGGGCACUAGUGCACCCUAUGAGGAUCCUGAGAUUGUCAAGCGUCAUCUAGUCCAACCCUCGGAUGAGAAUCCAGGCUCAGAAGAGUCAUCGAUCCAAGGUAAUUCGAAGGGCAAGCAGCCAGCCGAAAUUGGCGGUGCCGGACUGGGCGAGGACGAGUUCUCCAGCCUGAAGUUGCAGGGAGGUGAUGUGACUCGAGGUAUCUACAAGUGGACCGAACAGGCAGAAGCGAGAGCAAAGUACAAUCGCAGCAAGAGUUUCGAUUUGGGACGGCCUGAACCCGAGGCCGAAGUACUUGACAUCAACUCGAUAAAGGUGCCUGGUGGCUUCCGAAGAAACCAUCUCCGUCGUAGCGUCCAAAGCCCUGGACCUCAUGGUCAUCCCGAGGACGGCCACGCCUCUCCUGCGCCGGGCCAGCAGAGAUUGUUCACCUCGAGCUUCCUCGAAUUCUUGACGAUUUACGGCCACUUCGCUGGUGAGGAACUGGAGGAGGAUGACGAAGAUUUGGGACCGAACGAGUACUUCUCAUCCGGAGAAGACACAGACGAGUACAACUCUGACGACGAGCGGGAGCCUAUGGAGGACAGCGCCUUGUUGACGCCUUCAAGACGCAGACGCAAGCGCAAGGUCCGCGGUGGCACUGGAAAUAAUAGCCCCAUGAAUGCGGCCUUGCUGCUUCUUAAGUCCUUUGUCGGUACCGGUGUCCUCUUCCUUCCUCGAGCCUAUCUCAACGGAGGUAUGCUCUUCAGCAACCUGAUUCUCUUUGGCGUUGCCGCUCUGAGCUAUUACUGCUUUGUACUCCUCGUACAGACACAGCUCAAGGUUGGAGGCUCUUUUGGUGACUUGGGUGGUGCACUUUACGGAAAGCAUAUGCGCACCCUUAUUUUAGCUUCUAUUGUCAUCAGCCAGAUUGGUUUCGUUGCCGCUUACACCGUAUUCACUGCCGCCAACUUGCAGGCCUUCGUCAGGGCUGUGUCCGACUGCAAGUCCUCGAUCAGCAUCCAGUGGCUCAUUCUUAUCCAGAUGCUCAUCUUCCUGCCGUUUGCUCUUCUGCGAGAUAUUGGAAAGCUAGCAUUUACUGCUCUGGUCGCAGAUGCCUUUAUCUUGAUUGGCCUGGCUUACCUCCUGUACUACGAUAUUCUGACUCUCAACGCCAACGGUAUCUCCGAUAUCAUCAUGUUCAACAAGAAGGACUGGACCUUGUUCAUCGGAACUGCGAUUUUCACCUUCGAGGGCAUUGGUCUCAUCAUUCCCGUUCAGGAGUCGAUGAGACACCCUCAAAAGUUUCCUCGGGUUCUUCUCAUCGUUAUGAUUAUCAUCACAGUCCUCUUCAUCGGCAUGGGUGCCAUCUCUUAUGCUGCCUACGGUUCUCACACCGAGACUGUUGUGUUGCUCAACUUGCCUCAGGAUAACAAGAUGGUCAACGGAGUUCAGUUCUUGUACUCUGUUGCCAUUCUGCUGUCUACACCAUUGCAGAUCUUCCCUGCCAUACGUAUCGCUGAAACAGAGCUUUUCACUCGCAGUGGCAAGUAUAAUCCCUGGGUCAAGUGGCAGAAGAAUGUGUUCCGUUUCUUCGUGGUGAUGCUUUGCGCGGCCAUCGCUUGGCUCGGUGCAGACCAUCUGGACAAGUUUGUUGCUCUCGUUGGUAACUUCGCCUGCAUUCCACUUGUCUUUAUCUAUCCUCCUAUGCUUCAUUAUAAGGCAAUUGCCCGCACGAAGUUUUGGAAGUUGGCCGACAUCCUACUCUGCAUCUUUGGAUUCAUCGCAAUGGCGUACGCUACUACACUUACUGCGAUGAGUUGGGCCACUGCGGAACCUAAGCAUCCAGGAUACUGUGACAAGAAGGGAACAAUGACGCGGCAAACUCGACCUCCGCCUCCUCCGCCCUUUCAGACCGUCGCAACAUGUCCGAAGCCGAUAUGCGGAUGCGCGGCUACUCCUACUAUGCCAGAGGAUCUGCCUCUGGACCGUGAGGGGCCUCUCAAAGGCGCAAUUGCUGGGUAUGCAGAGCAUGUCCUAGUGUGUACAGGAAAUGCAGAUUGGCCAUCGAGGAUAGAGGAUGAUAAUGGCGGCGAUUGUCUCGCUGCGGAUUUGAAAGAGCUAUUUGGACGUGGAGGGACUUAUAGCGACCCUUUUCAUAAUGUUUCUGUUCUCAAUUCGUCGUUUCCGAGCUCUGUUUCACCACGUCCUGAAGUUCAAACCACGUCCGUGUAUUUGGUUCCAAGCUUCAAAUACGUUCCUUUUCUGCCACGGGUAUCAUUCGAUAGUGUAGAAGCACUGGCUAAGGGGUUUUUGCUCCCAAAGAAGCUUCACCCUGCACAUGAAGGUCUUUCACCUAUACACCGGGAUCGCUUGACCCGCAAAGAAGGGUAUCAGGGACUAUUACCAGGCGUUCAAGAUGUUCGCGAUGUUUUGGUCUUGAUAUGUGGCCAUACAGGACGUGAUGCCAGAUGCGGUAUCAUGGCGCCGGUUCUGCAAACUGAGUUUGAGGACAAGUUGGAGAUGGAGGGUUUUGACGUCUUGCAUGGACCCGUGCAAGUCAAUCUCGGCGACAAACAAAGAAUACAGGGAGAGACCGGCGAAGGCAAGACUACAGCUAGAGUUGGUUUGAUCAGUCAUAUUGGAGGUCACAAGUUUGCUGGCAACGUCAUCAUUUAUCUGCCUCCAGACCUGAAAAUGGGCGAUGCACCUCAUCCUUUGGCUGGAUGCGGGAUUUGGUAUGGAAGAGUUGAUCCAAAGAAUGUGGAGGGUAUUGUCAAAGAGACUAUUCUAAAGGGAAAUGUCGUUGCGGAUAUGUUUAGAGGAGGCAUUGAUGCUGAGCAUAAGAUGUUGAGGAUUGGCGGCUAUUAUCUUCUCACGCCGCCGUCUCGACCCAACACUCUCAACGAGAUAACCUUUGUUCCCUACGGCAUCACAGCUCGGGAGGCCAUCUCACCAACCUCGUUCGUCAUCACCGCAGUCCCACGCACACCAAACCCUUCUCUACCAUAUCUGGACCCUUCAGAUAGCCACUGGAGGUAUCCUCUUUGGUCUGUGGAGUUCAAGCAACCCGAGGUACAAAUUUCUCGACAUUAUACGCCUUUGCCUCCACUAUCUACAGAGGAUCAUACAGAUGGCUCACUCCGGUUCUAUAUCCGGACUGUUGGCGAUGGUGAAAUGUCCAACUAUCUAGGCCGAAGACAGGUUGGGGACGAUGUUUUUCUACGUGGUCCACACGUUGGCUUUGAACUAGCGGAGCGAUUGGGUGAGCACUCUCGCCUUGUCUUCCUUGCCGGCGGUACAGGUGUAGUGCCUGGUAUACAAGCAGCGAAGGCUGUCUUGGAAGCGAACGAAGAGUCAAGCGUUGACCUUCUAUGGGCUGUAAGGAAGAGAGAAGAGGUCCAAAGGAGUGCUCCUCCCCAGCAAUCAUCAUGGAAGUUUUGGCAAGAAAAGAAGCCCACUCCAUUAGGCACUGAGCUCGAUAGCCCUAGCCCCGUCACAAAGCGCCUGCAAGACCUCAAGAUGACCUAUGGUGAUCGUCUCAGGAUACAGGUCGUUGUUGACGAGGAGGGAACUCGCUUCCAAGAUAGGGAUAUUAGCAAUGCAAUUGCAGCAUCGCCAGGAACCAUUGCUUCAUUUAAUGCAGGCUGUCGGUUCCACGAUCAAGCAAUGCAUGUUCACGCCUCCGAAUUCGCCUUCGCUGAAGGACCUGGCUGUGUGUGCAAGCCUUCUGAAGGCACUGCCCCCGGGAAAAACUUGUUUAUCGUCUCCGGCCCCGACGGUUUCAUUGAGUACUACGCCGGGCCCAAGAUAUGGUUAGGUGGUCAGCAGACUCAAGGUCCGAUAUCUGGUAUAGCUGGCUAUCUGCAAAAACAAAACCCUCACCUGGCAAGGGAUUGGCUGGUCCUCAAGAUGUAA